UCACCCAGGCCUCCGAGGAGCCGCCGCAAUGCCCGGCCCGCGGGGCAGAUGAAGAGAUUAUAAAUCUACUGAAUGAAAAAAUUUUUCUUAAAGUUGCAUAUACUACAAGAGAAAAUCCCAAAUGUUUUUAUAUUUUGCCUAAAUACAAAAUUUAAACAAGGAGUUUCCACAGAAGUCAGGACCUCUGAGGAGAAAGUGUGCCAGCCCCUGUUCUGGGCUCCUCAUCGGGUAGCUCAGUUCAUCCUCAUAGCAGCUCUAUGCGGAGGGUGCUCCUUGUCCUCAGUUUACAGGGCUCUGUUCAUGGAACUGCAUGAUUACAUGGACAACAUUUCUCUUUGGAAGCUGCCUUCUGUCUGAUGGUUAUACUAACCAGAAAAAAAUGAAGAGGCAGAACUUGAAGUUCCUCUCAUUUGGCUGUUGGAUAAGAGUCUAGAAGAUGCCGCUUCCUAGUAACCUCGGCAGCUGCUUCCCCUGCCUGAACACCUCCUUCAUGACAUGAAGAUUGUUUCGUGGAAUCUCUCCAGUGUCAUAGAAGGACAGCCACUCCUCAACUUGUUCUCGAAGCUUCUCCCCAAAUACACUGCUCUGUGGCUGUCACCAUGUUCUGGAAGUUUGACUUGAACACCACGUCCCACGUCGACAAGCUGCUGGAUAAGGAGGACGUGACGCUGCGAGAGUUAAUGGACGAAGAUGACAUCUUGUAGGAGUGCAAGGCCCAGAACCGGAAGCUGCUGGACUUGUGCAGGCAGCAGAGCAUGGAGGAGCUGGAGGAGCUGGAGGAGCUGGUGAGCCUCGUCACACAGGACCCAGCCCUGGACAUGGAAGAGAAGGUCCACUUCAAGUACCCAAAUACAGCCUGUGAGCUGCUGACGUGUGACGUGCCACAGAUCAACGACCGGCUGGCAGGAGACGAGACUUGGCUCAACCUUCUUUACGACUUCUUGAACCGUGAGCCGCCCCUCAAUCCUCUCCUCGACAGUUUUUUUGCAGUACGCGGGCCUCUCACUGUUGUGGCCUCUCCCGUUGCGGAGCACAGGCUCCGGACGCGCAGGCUCAGUGGCCAUGGCUUACGGGCCGAGCCGCUCCGUGGCAUGUGGGAUCUUCCCGGACCGGGGCACGAACCCAUGUCCCCUGUAUCAGCAGGCAGACUCUCAACCACUGCGCCACCAGGGAAGCCCCUCCUCGCCAGUUUUUUCAGCAAGACCAUUGGCAGUCUCAUUGCAAGAAGAACUGAACAGGUGAUUGUGUUCUUGAGGAAGAAGGACAAGUUCCUCAGCCUGGUAUUGAAGCACAUCGGCACCUCGGCCCUCAUGGACCUGCUGCUGCACCUGGUCAGCUGCGUAGAGCCCACGGGGCUCCGGCAGGAGGUCCUGCACUGGCUUAAUGAAGAGAAGAUCAUCCAGAGACUCGUGGAAUUGAUCCAUGUGAGUCAGGAUGAAGAUAGGCAGUCCAACGCUUCUCAGACGCUCUGCGACAUCGUCAGGCUGGGCAGGGAGCAGGGCAGCCAGCCGCAGGAGCCUCCGGAGCCAGACACCCUCCUCACGGUGCUGGAGUCGCAGGACUGCAUGGAGCAGCUGCUGAAGAACAUGUUUGACGGAGCCCAGACUGAGCUCUGCCUCGUCAGUGGGACCCAGGUGUUACUGACCUUGCUUGAGCCCAGGAGGGCGGGGAUGGAGGGCUUGCUGGACUCCUGCUCCCAGGGACUGGACAGGCUGUGUGCCAUCAGCUCCAGCGUCCUGCGUGGCAUCGAGCCAUGGCUGAAGGACUUCCACCAGCUUCUGCUCAGCCCGCCAAAGAAAACAGCGAUCCUGACCACCAUCAGCAUGCUGGAGGAGCCCCUGGGUAAAGCCAACCCGCAUGGAGCCCGCCUCGUGGCCGCUCUGCUGCACACGGACAUGCCCAGCAUCAACCAGGAGCUCUGCCGGCUCAACACCAUGGGCUUGCUGCUGGACCUGUUUGGUAAGUACUCCUGGAAUAACUUCCUGCACUUCCAAGUGGAGCUGUGCAUGGCCGCCAUCCUGUCCCACGCUGCCCGGGUGGACAGGGCUCUGGCCAGUGGACCUGAGGACGGGGUGGAGCCUCCACCCUCCAUCAGGGACCCAGAGACCCCCCAGCCUGCUGCCAGCCGCCCCGAGAGCACGAUGGUGGCCCACCUGUUCCAGAAGUGUUGCCUGGUCCAGAGGAUCCUGGAGGCCUGGGAAGCCAGUGACCACACACAGGCAGCGGGUGGCAUGAGGCGCGGGAACAUGGGACACCUCACCCUCGCCAACACGGUGGUGCAGAACCUGGAGGGGGGCCCCAUGCAGACCCAGCUCAGCGAGGUCAUCCGAGGGCUCCGGGACUGCCGCGGGCGCUGGGAGAGCUUUGUGGAGGAGACGCUGAUGGAGGCCAACCACAGGAACGCGGUGGACCUGGUUAGCACCCACCAUCUUCACCCCUCAGGUGAGGAAGAGGACGUGGAGGGCGUUUUCCCUAAUGAGCUGUCCCUUCAGCAGGCUUUCUCCGAGUACCAGGUCCAGCAGAUGACAGCCACCUUCGUGGACCAGUUUGGCUUCAGCAACAAGGAGUUUGCUGAGCAGGACAACAGCGUCAACGCCCCAUUUGACAGGAUCGUGGAGAUCAACUUCAGCGUCGACAGCCCCGGUGCCGCUCUGUUGGAGGCCUGUUUCAGUGACCACAUCCAGCCCUUGGACAAGGACGACGACCUCUGGGAGGACGAGGAGGCACACCGUGUGGCCCAAGUGACCAGAGCCAGGUUUGGGGGCCCUCAUGCUUCAGAGAGCUUCCGGAAGGACGACCCGGAGCGCCGAGGCCAGGGUGGGGAGGAGAGCUCGAGAGCAGACGGGGACACGGCUUGGGCGGGUGCCCCUUGGGCUGCCGCCCAGAAGGAAGGUCCUCGUGUUGAGGGUGGCUCAGAAGCAGGUGCCCCGUGGACGGUGUUUGAUGAGCCGGAGAAUUCCAUGGCCUCGGUCCCAGCACCGGCAGUGGCGAUGGGCGUGGGUUCCAGUGUGUGGGUGGCCAGCUCCCCCAGUGCCUUGGCUCCAGAGGAGAAAGGCUGGGCCAAGUUCGCUGGCUUCCAGCCUUUCUGCUGCUCUGAGUCGGGGCCCAGGUGCAGCUCCCCGGUGGACAGAGGUCAUGGUGAUGCCCAGGGUGGCCUGAACCAGGGCCCAGAGAGAACCCUUGGCCCGGCCACUCCGGGUGCCUGGAACGCAUGUGUUACCAGGAAGGCGCCCCUGGUGGCCUCCAAGAGCUGUGAGGACAAGCAGAUGGCGGCUGUUGCCUCGGAGGCUGUUAGUAUGGGUCCCGGUCAGGAGGCCGCCCCCCCUCCCAUGUCAGUCCCCAGGUAGUGGACUGAGUGCGCCACCAGCACGCCUCCAGAUCUGGCCUCCCUUGAGCCUGUGGAAGUGACCUCUGCCCCGGUCGUGGCCGUCCUUCCCGAGGCUGCCAUGGCAGCCACCACAGUACCAAGCAACACGGGUCCCUCCCUGGCCACCCUGGCAGUCUCUCCUGUGCUGGCCGUGGCCGUCACCACUGCAGCCCCAGCUGGCCCAGCUGUCUCCACGGCAGCUGCCCUAGGGACGGUGACAAAGGACAGGCAGACUGACGGGCCGCCGCCUGCAGGAGCUGUGCCGUAAAUGGCCUUAUGUGAUGCUGCUGCUGCCACCCAGCUUUGGCGCCCCAGCCAAG